UUCACAAGCUGAGUGCUCAGAGUUCAAUGGAAGAAGACGCCGGAGAAAGAUCAAACUUCGUCGUCGGGUUCAUAGAGAACCGAGCCAAGGAGGUUGGAGUAGCUGCGUUUGAUUUGAGAUCAGCGUCACUGCAUCUUUCUCAGUAUAUAGAGACUAGCAGCUCCUAUCAAAAUACAAAGACUUUACUACAGUUCUAUGAACCUAUGGUGAUCAUUGUUUCCCCCAAUAAACUGGCGGCGGAUGGAAUGGUUGGAGUCUCACAACUGGCUGACAGAGUUUGUUCCUCCACAAAAAAGGUUAUAAUGGCCCGUGGUUGCUUUGAUGAUACCAGGGGAGCUGUACUGGUUAAAGGUUUAGCUGCUAAGGAACCGUCUGCUCUUGGACUGGAUUCAUACUACAAGCAAUACUAUUUGUGCUUGGCUGCAGCAGCUGCAACUAUCAAGUGGAUCGAAGCAGAGAAAGGUGUUAUUAUAACAAAUCACUCUUUGCUGGUUACUUUUAAUGGAUCUUUUGACCACAUGAACAUUGAUUCCACCAGUGUUCAGAACUUGGAGAUAAUUGAGCCUAUGCACUCUUCUCUUCUGGGCACAAACAACAAAAAGAGAAGUUUAUUCCACAUGCUUAAAACAACUCGAACUAUUGGAGGGACUAGACUUCUGAGGGCAAAUCUUUUGCAGCCUCUGAAAGACAUAGAGACAAUUAACACUCGACUCGAUUGCCUGGAUGAGUUGAUGAGCAAUGAACAGCUAUUCUUUGGUUUGUCUCAGGCCCUUCGUAAGUUUCCGAAAGAAACAGAUAGGGUCCUUUGUCACUUCUGCUUCAAGCCAAAGAGAGUUACUAAUGAAGUCUUGGCUUCGGAUAAUGGAAGAAGGAGCCAGAUAAUGAUAUCCAGCAUUAUUCUUCUCAAAACAGCUCUUGAUGCUAUACCGUUACUCUCCAAGGUUCUUAAAGAAGCCAAGAGUUGUCUGCUUGGAAAUGUGUACAAAACCAUAUGUGAGAAUGAAAAAUAUACUUCAAUAAGGAAAAGAAUUGGAGAGGUGAUUGACGAAGAUGUCCUUCAUACAAGAGUUCCUUUUGUUGCACGGACACAGCAGUGUUUUGCUGUUAAGGCUGGAGCAGAUGGGCUUCUUGAUAUGGCUCGGCGGUCAUUCUGUGACACCAGCGAAGCUAUACACAGUCUCGCAAAUAAGUAUCGUCAAGAUUUCAAACUGCCGAACUUGAAGAUCCCAUUCAAUAAUAGGCAAGGGUUUUACUUUAGCAUUCCACAGAAGGACAUACAGGGAAAACUGCCCAGCAAGUUCAUCCAGGUCGUGAAACAUGGAAACAAUGUCCAUUGCUCGAGUCUUGAGCUUGCUUCAUUGAAUGUGAGGAACAAGUCUGCAGCUAAAGAAUGCUGGUUGAGGACUGCAUUUUGUCUUGAAGCAUUAAUGGAUGCAAUACGAGAGGAUGUCUCUGUGCUUACUGUUCUUGCAGAAGUGUUGUGCCUUUUAGACAUGAUGGUAAAUUCAUUUGCUCACACUAUAUCAACAAAACCAGUUGAUAGAUAUACUAGAGCUCGUUUUACAUGUGAUGGCCCAUUGGCAAUUGAUUCUGGACGGCACCCCAUUCUGGAAAGCAUACACAAUGAUUUCAUUCCAAAUGGCAUUUUUCUUUCUGAAGCAUCAAAUAUGGCUAUUGUAAUGGGCCCAAACAUGAGCGGAAAAAGUACUUAUCUUCAGCAAGUUUGUUUAAUGAUCAUCCUUGCUCAAAUUGGUUGCUAUAUUCCUGCUCGAUUUGCCACUUUGAGGGUGGUCGAUCGUAUUUUCACAAGGAUGGGAACAAUGGACAGUCUCGAAUCAAACUCUAGCACGUUCAUGACAGAGAUGAAGGAGACGGCUUUUAUCAUGCAAAACGUGUCCCAUAGAAGUCUGAUUGUUAUGGAUGAAUUGGGGAGGGCAACUUCAUCCUCUGAUGGAUUCGCAAUCGCGUGGAGCUGUUGUGAGCAUCUAUUGGCACUUAAAGCGUACUCAAUAUUUGCUACUCAUAUGGAAAAUCUAUCAGCGCUAUCCACCAUGUAUCCAAAUGUAAAAACUCUUCAUUUUGAUGUUGAUGUGAGGAAUAACCGCAUGGACUUCAAGUUUCAACUGAAGGAUGGGUCACGUCAUGUGCCACAUUAUGGCCUCAUGCUAGCAGGGGUAGCUGGAUUACCAAGUUCAGUAGUGGAGACUGCCAAAAGAAUCACAUCUAGGAUCACAGAGAAGGAAAUGAAGAGAAUGGAGGUGAAUUGCAGACAGUACGAGGACGUACAAUUGAUUUACCGUGUAGCUCAACGGCUGAUGUGCUUGAAAUAUUCUGAUCAGGAUGAAGAUUCUCUAAGGGAGGCUCUGCAGAACCUUAAGGAAAGCUAUAUUGGUGGAAGGCUUUAGAUAAGUAGAACCAUUUACUCAUAUAUAUUUCAUCUAACAUCAACA